CUCCAUUUUUACCCACCACCUGUCCCUCCUCCUCCGCCUCCGUACCCCACCUCACCCCAGCCCCGCUGCCGGCGCCCGCCUCACCAGUCUCACACGAGCUCGUCCCCCGCGUCCCCGCCCUCGUGCGCCUCAGCGGAUGGGCGCCGCCGGCCAGCUCCGCCGCCGGACGCGCGCGCGGACGCCGCCGAGCCGGGCGGGCGCCGGCGGCGACGACGACGUGGGCUGCGAGGCCUGCGGGUCCGGGGACGCCGCCGCGGAGCUGAUGCUGUGCGACGGCUGCGACCGCGGGUUCCACAUCUUCUGCCUCCGCCCCAUCCUCCCGCGCGUGCCCGCCGGCGACUGGUUCUGCCCAUCCUGCCGUUCCCCGGGCCCCGCCAGGUCCAAAUCCGCCGCCGCCUCUUCCGCCGCCACCGCCAGGAAGCCCAAGCAGUUCCCCCUGGUCCAGACCAAGAUCGUGGAUUUCUUCAAGAUCCAGCGGAGCCCGCUGGCCGCGGCGUCGGCGGGGUCGUCGGAGGCGAAGAAGCGGAAGCGGAAGCCCGCGGGGGCGCUGGUGGUGUCCAAGAAGAAGAGGAAGCUGCUGCCCUUCAUCCCCAGCGACGACCCCGCGCAGCGGCUCCGCCAGAUGGCCUCGCUCGCCACCGCGCUCACGGCCACCGGCGCCGUCUUCAGCAACCACCUCACCUACCAGCCCGGCAUGGCGCCGCGCUCCGCCAACCGCGCCGCCCUCGAGGCCGGAGGGAUGCAGGUGCUGCCCAAGGAGGACGCGGAGACGCUGAGCCAGUGCCAGCGGAUGAUGGAGCGGGGGGAGUGCCCGCCCCUGCUGGUGGUGUACGACCCCGUGGAGGGGUUCACGGUGGAGGCGGACCGGUUCAUCCGGGACCUGACCAUCAUCACCGAGUACGUCGGCGACGUGGACUACCUGCGGAACCGGGAGCACGACGACGGCGACAGCAUGAUGACCCUGCUCUCGGCGUCGGCGCCGUCCCGGAGCCUCGUCAUCUGCCCCGACCGGCGCAGCAACAUCGCGCGCUUCAUCAACGGCAUCAACAACCACACGCCGGAGGGGAGGAAGAAGCAGAACCUCAAGUGCGUGCGCUUCGACGUCGCCGGCGAGUGCCGGGUGCUGCUGGUGGCCAACCGGGACAUCUCCAAGGGGGAGAGGCUCUACUACGACUACAACGGCUCGGAGCACGAGUACCCGACGCACCAUUUCGUGUGACCAACGAUCGAGUCCAAAUCGAGCUCUGUCCUAAGUUACAAGCUCAAGGAGCUAAAAUGGAGUGCUAAACUUUCGCACAUAUUAGCACUUGCAUAUAUGCUAAAGUUGUUAAGUUAGCCCAUCCUAUUAGCACUCACCUUUGUAUGAGCUAGUGCUAAGUUCCAUACCUUCACUUAUUAGCACUUGGAUGCAGAGGGGAUCAGAGUAGCAGCUCCUAACCUGCAUAUUCAUGUAGCUGAAAAGGUAGCUAUUUGAGAAGAGAUAUAGCAGUCUGAUUGGUGACAUUGGAGGUUCAAACCCAGGGAAGGGGAUUGUAUUUUGUCAGUGAUUCCUGUUGUAAAACAUUCUGUAUGGCUGCUGGGUCAACCAUCAGUCUGGGAAGCAAUGGAAAUGGCCGGGAAGGGUAUCUGUUCAUCUCAUA